AUUAACUCGAUCAUCUUUUCAGUGCUGAAACAACAUUGGGAAUUAUGGAUAAGAACAUUGGAGAGCAGCUUAACAAAGCUUAUGAAGCCUAUCGACAGGCAUGCAUGGAUAGGGACCAUGCUGUGAAAGAACUACAGCUAAAAACAGAAAACUACAUGCAGCAAAUAGGUGAACAGCAGGAACAGAUAGAGCUUCAAAAUAGUAUUAUUGCGAAACUGAAAUCACAGUUAGGUGCUCUGAAUGCUAAUAGAGGUAACAUGCAUUCUUACGUUCUGAUGCCUGAAGAAAUCCAAACCUCCAACUUAACUUUCAGCCAGCUCUCUGAAAAACUGAACAUAGCAAAGCAAAGAGAAAAGCUCCUAAAGGAACAGUUAGAAAAUGAGAGCAUUAGGAUGAAGCAAAUUGAGGAAAAGAACAAUCAAAAGGAAAGGAAGCUUAUGUCAAUUAUUUCCAACCAAGAAGAUAAAAUAAGAACCCUGAAAAUCAAAUUGAAAGAGUUAAAUGAAGCACAGAAGCGUAUACAGAUGCCAAUAUAUAAAACGGAGGUGAAAAGUAAGAAAGUUGUUCCAGAUAAGCAUGAGUUAUCUCUAGGGAUCUCUGAUAUUUCAUCUGUUUCUGAAAGGGAGAAUCUGGAGACUAUUUUCCAGGAGAUGAAAGAAGAAUGUCAUCGAAUAUGUAUGCUAGCCGGAGAACAAACAGACCGACUGAGUAAAUUUAAGAUAAAGAGAGAACCUGAAACUGAAAUACAGUUUUCCAUGCCUAUACAGUGUACUGAUAAAACUGAUGAACAAGCAGAAGAGCUUUUUAAACCUCGGGUUAUAAAGGAUAUAAAUAGAGGUGCAUCAUGCAUCACAUCUAUCACACCAAGAGGAGUGGGCCAGGAUGAGGACAACAACUCUGUAGAAUCACUUUCUAAAUUUAAUGUCAAGUUUCCACCUACAGACAAUGACUCUGCUUUCUUGCAGAGCACUCAGGAUAAACCAACAGUUCCUUGCACUGCUAUAGCUGAAAACAUGCUUCAAGAUCAUCAUUUUAACCUGGAGCACAGAGACCAUGCUGUUAACCUCAGUGAAUUGGAAUCUAACUCAUUCGAAGCACGUGGAGUUGAUCUCAUAACCUCAGCUUUACAAAACUUAACUGCUGUUGACAAAACAGCCCCUCCAAAUCAUGCCAACUUGCCCAUAGAAAAUACCUGUGACAAAACAUGUUUAAAAACAACAGACACUGGUCUCACAUUUGUACCUAAGCACACAAACCCGGCGGUACCUGAAGUAAUUUUUCCUUCCUUAGAAGCUGCCGGGACAACCAUCAGAGGUCCUCAUCAGCUUGUUUGGCAGCCUCAAGACAGUGUUUUGCUGGCACAAGCCUAUGCAGACUCUGAACCAAAUCAGUGUGGAAUAUGUGCAUUCUGCCGAGAAGUUAUAACAUCUAUAACAUCUAAGGAAGAAUAUUUUCGUCAUCUGAAUUCCCACUUUAAAGUACAGUCUUAAUGUAUGAGAACUGAAUGGAUUACUGGUUUUGCAUACGUUUAAAUUUUGUAUUCAAUAGAUAUGCUAAGAAUUUUAGAUUUAAGACUUUUUAUAACAAGAACUCAUGGCUGAAAUUGUCAUAUGAGCACAUUUUUAAUUGUCAUCUGAUAAGGUAAAAUUAAACCAUAAGACACUCAACACUGUAAUUCACAUUAUUACUUGUUUUGCUUCAAUAUUACC